UCACGUAGAGAAAGGGACAAUAAAUGUGUCCGCGGUUAUUCGGUCAUUAUCUCCUGGGAGAGUAUAUAAAGAAGCGGGUGCAGAGGACCAAGCAGACAGGAUCAGCCGUCAGAACAGACCCACCUUUCAAAAUGCUGAAGUUUGUAUGCCUUGCCCUCUGUGUCGUUUACGCUAGCGCCACCUACAAAAGAGGUGGAUAUGGUGGCGGAUACGGAGGUGGAUAUGGAGGCGGAUACGGCGGCGGAUAUGGAGGUGGAUACGGAGGUGGAUAUGGUGGAAUAGGAGGAAUUGCUGGAUAUAGCAGUGGAUAUGGCGGUGGUAUCGGAGGCGGAUACGGUGGAUACGGAGGUGGAUACGGUAUUGAUGACGGAUUCGGAUACGGUGGUAUCGGAGGAGGAUAUGGCGGUAUUGGAGGUGGAUACGGCGGUAUCGGAGGUGGAUAUGGUGGUAUUGGAGGUGGAUACGGCGGAAUCGGAGGUGGAUAUGGUGGUAUUGGAGGUGGAUACGGUGGUAUCGGAGGUGGAUACGGAAGUGGAGGAAUCAUCGGGGGCAGUCUUGGAUACAGCAGCGGUGGAAAAUACGGACGCAGAUCCAGAGGAAAGGGAUACUAUUAAAGUGACCAAGUACACCACCUACCAGGGUCCUUGUCUCCUGUCAGCCCUAGGAGGUCCAAGCGCCUAAACUCAUUCAUCGACGUCCCGACUUGUUGUCAUGGUUUAUGUGUUAUUUCUAUUUUUAUAAAAUUGCAAUUGAAGAAAUAAAAUGUUUUAUAAAAACAUU